AGGUCUUCCUGACUCCAGGCCUGGCACUCCAUUCAAUGUACUACCUAGUUGCCUUAUAUCCUUAUACUAUUUAUUCAACCACUCCCCAGUUGUUGGGCACAUUGCUUCUAUUAUUUUGCUAUUCUAGUGUACUUUGUAGUAGUUUACAACGUGGUAGUAAAUGAUGCUGUAACUUAUAUCAUCUCAAUUGGGAGAAUAACUCUACAAGGAAGGUAGGACAGGUAUUAUUCUGCACUUGUCUCCUUCCCACUACUCCCCCCUCCCUAUUUUACAUGAUGAAACUGAAGGUCAGAGACAGUGUCCCCCAAGGAGUAAGUAGCAGAGCCAGGACCAGAACCUUUUGUCUUCUGACUUUGAGACCAGAGUUCUUUUUGCUACUUCGUGAUACCCCUUUUUGUAUGGCCUUCUGGUAUAGUUUGCUGGUUUUUUUCUGAUGACAGUAGAGUUAAGAAUUAGAAAAUGAAAUUGCAAACUUCCAGGUGAUCCUUUCUUGCUCAGAUGUGGGUUAUGAAUAAAGCCAGACAUGAUAUGAGAGCCAGACUUAUCAGAGCAAAGAUGACCAACAGUUCCUCUAUCUUCAUAUGUCCUUUCAUCUUACCCUAUUUAUGUGGUGUGUUCUCCUGCUGGCAGAGGAUGACCUCCCCUUCCAUUGUGAGAAAUAGAAAAUAGAUCUGACUGAGACCAAUAGCCUCAUGUGAAGUUGAAUGGUGUAGAGGAAUCAUCCUCUUGGGACCUGAGCCCUUCCAGAGGAGCUGGUUGAAAAAAGGCAGAAAAAUGUUUUAUCCAUUGGAACUCAAAUUGAUAGCUAUGUUGCUGGGUUGUAUGUGCGGUCUAAAUGACAUGGUUGUUUCUUCCCCUGAACUGAUGGCACGUGUGGGUGACUCAGCCCUGCUGGGCUAUGUUUUACCAAGCAAUGUGAAGAAACAGGUGACUAAAGUGGACUGGAUGUUCUCCUCGAAGGAGCCGAGGUAAUGAGAAGGGAGAAGUGUGCUAUGUUACUUUGCCAACCUCAGUGUGCCUGUGGGGCACUUCAAGGAUCGUGUGCACUUGGUGGGGAAACUCUCAGAAAACGAUGGCUCCAUUUUGCUGCAGAAUGUGAGAGAGGCUGAUCAAGGAGUCUACACCUGUGAGAUCCAGGUCCACAAAGAGACAGCUGUUUUUAAGAAGACAACCAUGCUGCGAGUAGUCCCAGCUAAGCUCACAACACUGAAGCUCACAGGUGCCUUCAGAACUGAUGUGCUGAGUAACUAUCAGCAUGUGAUCAUCGUAGGGAUUGUUUGCUUUGCCAUCAUACUGCUUGCCAUCCUGGGAGUGACCAUGAAGAGGAGUCAUCGCCACCACAGGUAUAGGAACAAAAACCACUUGGAGAAUGCCAAUAAGGCUAUGUCAGAGGCACAUGUUUACACCACAAUAACUGCACAGUCUGUGAUUGAGGAAGAGGACUCAAGCAGAGCCUCUGAGGGCACCUACAUGACGAUGCAACCAGUUUGGCCUUCUUGGAGAGCAGAGCAGAAGAAAUCUUCUGAGAUGAUGCCAGAAACAGAACAAACUCUUGAAAGACCAAGGUUUGCCACAAGACCCCCAACAAAGGAAGAUCUUGACCCUCCGUAGCCCUUGAUUCCGCAUUUUUCCUGAGCCACAACUGUGGUUGAUGUCUUAAAGCUCUCCUGCAGUCUUGUCUGUUUGCUGCUUGGGUUGAGGGGUUGAAAGAUGGAGACCUUGAUCUGUGAUGGAAAGAGACUGGAGCGCUUGGGAGAGAUAGUCCUCAGAUCAGUAAUGGGCCAGAGGUUUGAUUCAACAACAAAUGCAAUUUAGCAGACUGCUCUGCAGUAUUUGCUGAGUGUAGAGCCCUCUCGUCCUUGCCUGCACGGAGCUUAUGUUAUGUCUCCAGAGUGAGCGUGUAAUCCUUGUUGGAUGGGUACAUCAAACUGUUAAAAUGGACAUUGUUAUUGUAGAGUAAGUUAUUGUGAAGAAACUUAAAAACAACAUAAAUCAAUUCAAAAUGUUUUGUUUUAUAACGACUCAAAAUUAUCUGUAAAUAAAUGUGUUCAGAGGAAAUCAUCUUUCCCUUCACCCCUCCCUUUUCUGUCCCUCCCCCCCCUUUUUUUGGCUGAGGACUAGCUGAAUGUUGGUUAGGAGACAAGGGUUCUGGUGAUGAAUUCAUAGCAGGCAGCUCCAUCAGCAGCAUUAUAUCCAGAAGGGAAGCCGUCCCGCAGCCCAGUGCGUCGUAGGAGUGAGAUACGGUGCCUGACAGUGGUGGGGAGUGGAGUGGGAGAAGGUUUUUAUCAGCCUGGAAAUGAAGAAUAUUGAAUUUGGCCAAGGAUGGAGAUUUAGAAUUCCAUGCAUGUAAUAAAAUGCAUGGGUCUUUGGUAUUACCACUUAGCGAUUGAAUAGAUCUUAGAAAUUCUUUUAUUUGGAAUAGCUCUUUCUAGCCAUGAGAAUUGAGCCUGUUCCUCGGUGAGGUCCUCCUGGCCUCCCUGGCUCAACAUGCAAGUGUGUAUUGUCUUUCAAGUUCCAGAAUCAUUCUGUGCCCUCACAUUGUCGUUGCCACUUAUUCCAAGCCAAGCUUUCCCUGAACUCCUCUGGCCACUGAGGGUAAUUUGGAAAUUUUAUCUCAUCUUCUUGUUUCUACUCCUAGCUCAGUUAGGAUACCCUUGGCCUAAUCUUCCUGCAGACACUUACUAGCUGUGUGACCCUGGGCAAGUCACUUAACUUCCGUUUGCCUCAGUUUCCUCAACUACAAAAUGGAGAUAAGGACAGCAAUUACCUCCCAGGUUUCUGGUGAAAAUCAAAUGAGAUAAUAAUUGUAAACCCCUUAGCACAAUGCCUGGCACAUAGCAAGCACUAGAUAAAUAUCAGCCAAUGUUAUUAUUAUUAGCUCACCUGAAUCUUUAAGCCUCAGCUUUAUCACAUAACCCAUUCAUUUCUAUUCUAUUCUCUUGCAAAGGACAAUAUUCAUCUUUCAUCUCUUACUCAUUUGGGACUGAGAGACAUCCAGCCUUUCCUUCUCACAGCAAUUAGCUUUAAUAAAGAACAUAAACCAAUAGAUACCUGGAAUGCAAUAUCCUGAUCACACUAUAAAAGUAGCACAUGCAGGCGUAUAUAAUGCUAUUGGUGCUAUUGGUUCUUUCUCUCUUUAUGUAGUAGAAAAGUAUGAGUUUCAUUCCUGGUCUGCAGAUAAUACUUUCCAGAAUUAAUGGGUAUCUGUCUUCCCUGAGAUAGCAUAUUCAUAGAAUAAUGGCAUUAAGGAUAUAGGAGCAGAUGGAUACACAUAAGUGCAAAUUCCUUAUGUUGUCAUUCUAGGCCAUUUCCAGCAUUUUCUCAUACUACUCUCCUCCAUGUACUCUGUUCUAUCCAAACUGGAUUAAUCUCCAUCCUCUGUAUGUUUUCUAUACUUUCUUGCCUCAGUGACUUUGCCCAAGCUGUGCUCUGACAGUGUGUUUAACAUGUGUCUAAGAUGUGUCUAACAUGCACAGCUCCCUUCCCAUAGCCUUCAGAACUCUUACCUAAAGUCCAACUCAAAUGUGACCUCUUCUAGGAAGUUUUGUCUGAUUUCCUGCAAAUUAGUGAUAUAAUUCCCUGCUUGGACCUCACUUUACUUACAUCUGUAUUGUAUAAUAUUCCGUAUUAUAGUUAUUUGUGUGUGUGUCGUAUUCUGCUACUGGACUGUAGGCCCUAAGACGGCAGGAACCUUUUCUUUUCUAAACUUUGUAUUUUUCUUUUUCUUUUUUCUUUUUAGGCA